AAGGAACCGUGUAGAAAUUCGGCCCUUUCAGGACAUGAGUAUGUAAUGGAAGUGUUGCAUGGUCACGAUAGUAGGUGUUAUGAUUUAUUCAGAAUGGAUAAGGACGUCUUCAAACUAUUUUGUGGUGUUCUAAAAGAAAAAAAUUUAUUGAAGAACUCUCGCUAUCUUUCCGUUGAGGAGCAAGUUGCUAUGUUCUUAUUUGUCAUUGGACAUAAUGAACGACAUCGUGUAAUUGUUGAACGAUUUCAACACUCCACCUCAACUACAUCUGAAUACUUUAGGAAAGUUUUGAAGGAGGUAUGUCGUUUAUCCAAAGAGUUAAUUACUCCACCUUUGUUUAAUGUAGUUCCUUCAGAAAUUCGAUUCAAUCCAAAAUAUUAUCCAUUUUUCAAGGUAAAAAAAUUUAUACUAUCUCUUAAUUGUGUAGGAGCUAUAGAUGGGACCCAUAUCUCUGCUCAUGUCCCCAUUAAUGAACAAAUACCGUAUCGAGGUCUAAAGGUGGAUACAACUCAAAACGUCAUGUGUAUAUGUUCAUUUGACAUGAAGUUCACAUAUGUUGUAGCGGGAUGGGAAGGAUCAGCUAAUGAUGCACGAAUUCUUUCAGAAUGUGCCACAAACCCAGAUUAUGAAUUCCCAGGUCCACCCAAUGGUAAGUCUUAUCAAACUUAUUAUGUUUAUUGACAUUAUUUUGUAUUAAUAUUCAUAUGAAA